CUAGAGAGAGAGAGAGAGAGAGAGAGAGAGAGAGGGAGAGAAUAUAUAAAAAUAACGGCAAAAUUGUGGAGCUAAAAGCAUAGGGCUACUCCAAUCUCUGUCUUCAAUCUAUAAAUAAAUUGUUACUAUACUAAAGUAAUUUAUUCCAGCCUCUGUUUCUCCUGGAAUAAAUUGCUCCUCCCAUCUUUCUUCUUUUUGGCAUUUAUUGCAACGAACCCCUCAAUCUGGUGGAGCCAUUGCCACUGGCUACUUUCAGAACCUCUACGGUUCCUCUAAUUAAAGGGAUUUAGUUUUCGAAGAAGGUUGAGUAAUUGAAAUCGAGGAGGAGGAGCAACUACGGAAGAUGGAAGUGCAAAAUUCUGAACAAUGCAACAUAAUUGAAAUUCGUGGAGAUGUGCCAGCUGCAGAGACAAGCCUGGGUGGUAGUACGAUUUGUGGAGGUGCAGCAUGUGGAUUUUCUGAUGCUCAAACCAGUUCUAAAGACACAAAGGAACGUGCAGCCUCUAUGCGGAAACUUUUGAUGGCAGUAGUGCUCUGCAUUGUCUUUAUGAGCGUAGAAGUAGCUGGAGGAAUUAAAGCCAACAGUCUUGCAAUCUUAACUGAUGCAGCUCAUCUCUUGUCAGAUGUUGCAGCCUUUGCCAUCUCCUUGUUCUCUCUUUGGGCAUCAGGGUGGGAGGCAACUCCACGUCAAUCUUAUGGAUUCUUUAGGAUUGAAAUUCUUGGUGCCCUUGUGUCCAUCCAGAUGAUAUGGCUUCUAGCUGGCAUCCUUGUUUAUGAAGCCAUAGCUAGACUUAUCCAUGAUAAUGGCGAAGUUCAAGGGUUUCUCAUGUUCGUGGUUUCUGCGUUUGGUUUAGUGGUUAAUAUUGCUAUGGCUCUCUUGUUGGGUCAUGAUCAUGGUCAUCACCAUCACCAUGGCCAUAACCAUAAUCAUGGCCAUGGCGGGAAUGAUCACAACCACCAUGAUCACAGUCAUAGCCAUGACAAUGAAACACAUAAUCAUGGAUUAAGUAUAACUUCUCACCAUCAUCAUCACGGCUCAAAUUCUAAACAUGAUGAGCAUCAUCAUACUCAUGAAGCUGACCACACCGUGCCUCUGAUUAAGAACUACUCAGAUUGUGAAAAGAUAUUAGAAAGUGGAGCACCUCGGAAGAAGGAAAGAAACAUCAAUGUACAAGGGGCUUAUCUUCAUGUCCUAGGGGAUUCCAUUCAGAGUGUUGGAGUGAUGAUUGGUGGAGCAAUUAUUUGGUAUAAACCGGAGUGGAAAAUUAUUGAUCUGAUAUGCACCCUUGUGUUCUCCAUUAUUGUGCUUGGAACUACCAUCAGGAUGCUGCGAAAUAUUCUGGAAGUUCUCAUGGAGAGCACUCCCCGUGAAAUUGAUGCCACAAGGCUUGAGAAGGGUUUAUGUGAGAUGGAUGAGGUUGUUGCCAUACAUGAACUGCACAUUUGGGCCAUAACUGUUGGUAAGGUGUUAUUAGCUUGCCAUGUCUUAAUUAAGCAUGAAGCUAAUGCUGACAUGGUAUUGAACAAGGUUAUAGAUUAUAUCAGGAGAGAAUACAAUAUUAGUCAUGUGACUAUUCAAAUAGAGCGCCAGUAAUCCAUAAGGCAGUAAGUUUUGUAAUUUUACUGUUGUUGGCUGGUUUACUUUUAAGAGUUCAAUUCAUUGGCAAUUAAAUAUAGCAUUAGCUCUAUA